GCACUGUAUGAUCGGGAGCCAGUGCUGUGUAGGGUAAUCCUAGGGGGAAACGGGGUCAAAGAGGCGCGAAACUAGAAAAAAAAAAAGAAAAGAAACCCGAGAACCAAGGUCAUCAUCGAUCACAUCAACAAACCAGUUUACCAGGCCCACACCAACACAAAAGAUGAUCGAGUUACAACUACUACAGACCGGGAAAGGAGGCAAUCCUGAGCUUGUCAAGACUUCGCAACGGAAGAGGGGUGGCGAAAAGGCGGCCGAAUUGGUCGAUGAAGUCUUGGCGUUGUACACUAGUUGGACUAAAGUCGGCUUCCAAUUAAGGGAAGUUCGGACCGAAGCCAACGCCAUCAAGAAGAAAAUCGGUGAGGCCAAAAAAGCUAAGAAGGAACCUGAGCCGGAAUUAUGGACUUCAAAAGAACAAUUAGAUGAGAAAAUCAAACAGUUGGAAAAGGAAGAAGCGGAUGCCGAAAGCCUACUGAAAACGCGAGCGAGUAGCAUUGGUAAUAUUGUGCAUGAAAGUGUGCAUGUUAGCAUGACAGAGGAUGAUAAUGUGAUCCUGAAGACAUGGAAUCCGGAACCGAAUAAGCCGUUCGAGAAGCGUGCAGAACUGUUAUCACACGAUGUAGUGAUGCACCGACUAGACAUGGUAGAUCUGGAGCGAGGCGCCAAGGUUGCGGGUCAUCGGGGCUUCUUCCUGAUCAACGAUGGCGUGGAUCUCAAUCAGGCUAUGAUCAACUAUGGUCUGGACUUCCUGCGCAAUAAAGGAUUCAGGAAGACAAUGGCUCCGUUCAUGAUGAGGAAGGGCUUGAUGGCUAAGACCGCACAACUUGAGGAAUUCGACGAGGCUCUUUAUCGCUUGUCCGGCGAUGGGGAAGAUGAUAAAUAUCUCAUCGCUACUUCUGAGCAACCCCUAUCGGCGUAUCAUUCUGACGAGUGGUUCGAAAAACCAAAGGAGCAACUUCCUCUCAAGUAUGCAGGAUAUUCGACAUGUUUUAGGAAAGAGGCGGGCUCACAUGGACGAGAUACAUGGGGAAUUUUCCGGGUCCAUCAGUUCGAAAAAGUCGAGCAAUUCUGCAUCACCGAUCCGAGCAAAUCAUGGGAGAUGUUUGAAGAGAUGGUCCAGAACUCGGAGGACUUCUAUCAAUCCUUAGGGCUCGGCUAUCGACUGGUUGGCAUCGUCAGUGGCGCAUUGAACAAUGCGGCGGCGAAGAAGGCCGACUUGGAGGCCUGGUUCCCGUCGAUGGGCGAGUUUAAAGAACUGGUUUCUGUCAGUAAUUGUACCGAUUAUCAAUCUAGGAGUCUAGAGGUCAGAUGUGGAGUUAAGAAACAAGGCGACACUCAAAAGGUUUAUGUCCAUAUGCUUAAUGGGACCCUUUGUGCUACCGAAAGAGCACUCUGUUGUCUGGUCGAAAACUAUCAAACUCCUGAGGGCUUGCUGAUCCCAACUGUUCUGAGACCUUACAUGCAAGGUCGAGAGUUCUUGCCGUUUGUUAAAGAAGCUCCAAAGAAAAAGAAAUGAAUCAUCCUCUCUCUCUCUCUCAACCCUUUCCUUUUUUUUUUAAAAAAAAAUGCUUUCUAUCCAGUUUUUAUGGGUUGGAAAAUCUGUGAAGAUUUUUGUUUGUCUGCAUAUACCAAGUAAAUUGCUCAUGAUCAUCGGCAUCACAUCAUGUCAAGUGAUAAAUC